GGUGUCAAAGCAAUUAUUAGAGCCUUAGAGGGAGUAAUUUGCAGCCAAUUAAAUUUUACGGAGUAUUUGUUCUUCACUUCUUCCCCAUUCUCUUCGUCCUCUUCUGCGCAACACAAAUUGGGGAAAAAUUUCCCACCAAUUACAAACCCUAAAAAUCAUAAACAUUUGAAGAAUCGAAAAUUCGCAAAUUCAUUCACUGAUUAAAAUGGAAGCCCAGCAACAACAACAGCAAUAUCAUUAUCAAUAUCAACCUCAAACAACUGAAACUUUAACAACUCAAUCCUAUGAUCCUUCUUCCCAGAUUCAAUCAUAUGAUCACUCUACUCAAUCUUACUAUGCUGCUUAUCAACAACAAUAUCCAACUAACCCUUACAAUCAACCCCAACAACAACAACAAGAUUAUUCAUCUUAUUAUUACCCAGAUUAUUCAGCUUCUUAUCAAACUGAUCCCAAUUUAAUUCACCCACCUGGGGUUCCAGUUUCUGUUGAUUCUCAACAAACCCAUGUUCAGAAUCCCCAGAAUUUGUAUUACCCACAUGGGGUUGUUGCCUCUCAUCCUCCUCCUUCUCAAGGGUAUUUGAUGGCUGGAGGCAGUCAAGCUGUUCGGUCUUUGAGAGGGCGUGGCACUUUUGGUCGUCAUGGUAGAGGGAGAGGUGGUGGUCGUGGCAAGCAUGGUGCUCAGAUUUCAAGGUCAUCUGCAAUAGCAGCCUCUAGUGGUGCUCAAUCCGUGACCGAGGGACAAGCUGGUCCAACCAAGCCACCACUUCGUAUGGCAUGGUGUGAAAUUUGCAGAACUGAUUGUACUACUCUUGAAGUCCUUGAGCAGCAUAAGAAUGGAAAGCGACAUAAGCGAAAUUUAAAGGUGCAUGAGGAGUUGCAGAAUCUAAGCAGACAUCUAACAAUGCAGGAUCCUAAAUUAUCUGUGUCUCAGCCUACACCUGAAAUUAUUCCGCCACAAAAGGCUGUAGGAUCCAACUGCAAUCCUCCCCCAAAUGUGAAUGUAGCUAUUAUUCCUGCAGCUCCAGAUAAUAAAGUUGAAGCUACCGCAGAAAAGGAUACAGCUGAGAAACCUGGAAGUUCAGGGGCACUACCAUCUCAGGAGUCAGUUAGGCAUGGUCAAUUUGGCGGUCGGGGUGGUUUAAAGAGAAGGAUGAGAGGGGGCCGUGGUGGUAAGUGGAUGAGAACCUUUGAUGGCUCAAGAAGGGUAGUUGAGCCUCCGAAGCCUAAACAGGCAGUUCCUUUAAUAUGCAACUUGUGCAAUGUGAAAUGUGAGUCUCAGGUUGUUUUUGAAAGCCAUGUAGCAGGUAAAAAACACCUUGCAAACGUGAAGCGUUUCCAAGGUCAUAAAGAGGCACUUGGAGAUGGUAUUGAGGCGUUAUACCCUACUAUUGCUAAUCUUCCAUCGACUGUGAUCAUUCCCCAAGCCAAUCAACAGGGUCCUCACGACGCUCAAGCCCUUGCAACGAUGAUGCUGAGCCAACAAAAUUUGACAGAUCCUCAAGCUGCUCAUGCAGCUUUGACACAGCUUCUCCAUCAACAUGGUAUUCACGAUGCUCAGACUCUUAUCACUCAGUUGGUUCCAUAUUUGCUUGCUCAAUCCCCACAAGUACCUGUCCCAGCAGCUGGAUUUGGGAUAGAUACCCAGCAGAAUUCCUUGAGUCAAGGAGCGCAUAUUUCUGCUGGAGCUGAGAGCCAUAAUGUUGCUGUAGGAAAUUUAACUGAGCAGCAAAAUGUGUCUAGUAAUGUCGAAUCCCAAGCCGUCAAACCUGCUGAUGCCCCACCUGAAAAUGAAGGUCAGAGCUGAGAACGUUCUUUCUGUCUGGGCGAAAGAGGAAGCUUUUGUUUCAUGACAUCAUAAACUGUCCAGUUCAGAUGGAAGUCCAUUUUCCCAGACAGUUGUAUAUUUUGGCCUUUUGUUUGGUGCUCCAUCUAAGAGCGUGUGCUUCUUGGUGAUGUGGGGAAUAUCUGGGGAUAGACUGAUAAUGCACACCCUUAGGUUGUUGCUGUUGCCAGCUUGCCGCAUUACCCAAGAGUUCAUGUUUUCAGGUGCACCAAAUAAUAGCUGGAUGUACUUUUAAGUGUUGAACCUAAUACGGGCUGGAUGUUUUCCCAUUGCCAAAUUCUUUUGCAAAAAAUUAUGCAAUUAUGUUAGAUGGCUUUCUUGUUUUAAGAAUUUAAGAUCAGGUGCUUCCAGCUUAUUUAUGCUAGCUUUUCUUUUGCAA